AUGCUCACCGGCCGCGACGCCGAGACGCGCAAGGUGCUCGGCAUGGCGUUCCCGACGUGGAAGAAGUGGUGGAUCAUCUCUGUCAUCUUCAUGGUGCAGCUGAGCAUGAACAUGAACACGGGCAUCUACGCCAACGGCGUCAAGGGCAUCGCCGCCGAAUACGGCAUCUCGCAGCAGGCGGCGCGCGUGGGGCAGGCCGUGUUCCUCAUCGCCUACGCCUUUGGCAGCGAGCUGUGGGCGCCGUGGAGCGAGGAGCUGGGCCGCCGGCCGAUCAUGCAGAUCAGCCUCUUCCUCGUCAACGUCUUCCAGCUGCCGUGCGCGCUGGCGCCCAACUACGGCAGCAUCGUCGUCGGCCGCGUGCUCGGCGGCCUCUCGUCGGCCGGCGGCAGUGUCACGCUCGGCAUGGUCGCCGACAUGUGGGAGCCCGAGGAGCAGGAGUGGCCCCUCGCCUACGUCGUCUUCUCCUCCGUCGGCGGCUCGUCCAUCGGCCCCAUCGUCGGGCCCUUCGUCGAGGCGUACCUGUCCUGGCGCUGGAUCUUCUGGGUGCAGCUCAUCUUCGGCGGCGUGGUGCAGCUCAUCCACCUCUUCCUCGUGCCCGAGACGCGCUCGUCCGUCCUGCUUGACCGCGAGGCGAAGCGCCUCCGCAAGGCGGGCGAGGACGUGUGGGGCCCCAACGAGGUCAAGGAGAAGCGCUUCACGCUCAAGGGCAUCCUCACCACCUGGUACCGUCCCUUCGAGUUCCUCGCGCGCGAGCCCAUCGUGCUGUGCUGCUCGCUCCUCUCCGGCUUCUCCGACGCACUCAUCUUCACGUUCAUCGAGUCCUUCCAGCUCGUGUACGAGCAGUGGGGCUUCGAGGCGCCGCGCUCGGCGCUCACCUUUGUGCCCAUCUGGAUCGGCUACAUUAUCUGCUACGCCAGCAUGGCGAUCCCGAUCAUCAAGUUCAAGCGCAUGCGCCGCCACCAGCCCGACAAGUACACGCCCGAGCACCGCCUCUGGUGGCUGCUCUUCACGGCGCCGCUCGAGCCCAUCGGCCUCUACAUCUUCGCCUUUACGACGUACGGCCCCAAUCACUCGCCGUCGAUCCCCUGGAUCGCGCCGAUGAUCGCCUCGGUGCUCGUGGCAAUCGCCAACUACGCCAUCUACUACAACACAAUCGAUUACAUGGUCGCUGCCUACGGCCCGUACUCGGCCAGUGCCACCGGCGGAAACGCGUUCAUGCGCAACGGCCUCGCCGGCAUUGCCACGAUGUACUCGACGCCGAUGUUCAACAACCUGGGCUUUGUCUGGGCGUCGUUCCUGCUGGCGUGCCUCGGCGUGCUCGUCGUCAUCCCCAUCGUCAUCUUCUACUACAAGGGCGAGGUGGUGCGGCGCAACUCAAAGUUCGCCGGCGAGCUGCUCAAGGAGCGCCAGGGCAACGACGGCCACCGCGUCGUGCAGGACGAGGAGGACAACGGCGACAUUUCGGCGCUGCACCGCCGCAAGAAUGCGCAGCCGCAGGGCGAGAAGCAGGAGCAAUAG